GACAUCAAUCCACACAUACCUCAGUACAUAUCAUCGACGCCGUGGUAUUUCGGAUCGGAAGGACCCACUCUUAAGCAUCAAAGACAACAGGAGGAGAAAGUGAAGGAAUUCGCCAAAAUCGAUGACCACUUCGUGAGGGGUUUGAAGGGCGCGACAGCCACGCGGUAUCGGUCGGGCGGCUGUGAGAACUGCGGGGCAAUCACUCACAAGAAGAAGGACUGUUUGGAGAGACCCCGAAGAAUAGGCGCUAAGUAUUCGGGCGAAGACUUGGCGGCCGACGAACACGUGUUACCGAACCUGAGUCUAGAUUUCGAUGGAAAGAGGGAUCGUUGGAAUGGAUACGAACCGGAAAUGUAUAAACUUGUGAUCGAAGAGCACGAGAAGAUUGAAGACGCGAAGAGACUCCUGAAGGAAGAGAAACUCAAACAGGAUUUGCUUAACGAAGAGGUGGUGAAGGAGGGGACCACCGAUGCGGUGGAGUCUGACUCGGACAACGACGAGGAGGACAAGUAUGCCGACCACAUCGAUAUGCCGGGUACUAAAGUGGACUCAAAACAACGGAUAACUGUCCGCAAUCUGCGUAUAAGAGAGGAUACGGCGAAAUACUUGCGAAACUUGGAUCCCGAGUCCGCAUACUAUGACCCCAAGACUCGCGCCAUGAGAGAGAAUCCCUACAAGAAUAGCGGACAAAGUGCUGAAGAGUUGCAAUACGCGGGCGACAACUUUGUGCGAUUCACGGGAGACACGGAUGCCGUGUCUAAGGCACAGCUGUUUGCCUGGCAGGCCAUGGAAAGGGGUCUCGACAUUCACCUGCAGGCAGAGCCCACUAAAACAGAAUUAGUUAAGAAACAAAUCGAUGACAAGAAGGAGAACGUGAAGGAAGUGUUCCGUCAGUCCAUUAUUGACAAAUAUGGCGGUAAAGAGCACUUACAGACACUGGACCCGCAACUCAAGUUUGGACAAACGGACAGUUAUGUGGAAUAUUCACGUCAGGGUCAGGUCAUCAAAGGCUGUCAGAAGGCCAAAGUGAGCUCUAUUUACGAGGAGGACCUCUUCACCAAUAAUCACACAUCCGUUUGGGGCUCUUUUUGGGAAGGGGGUCAGUGGGGGUACCGUUGCUGUCAUUCAAUGAUUAAAAAUAUUNACGAGGAGGACGUCUUCACCAAUAAUCACACAUCCGUUUGGGGCUCUUUUUGGGAAGGGGGUCAGUGGGGGUACCGUUGCUGUCAUUCAAUGAUUAAAAAUAAUGUGUCCAAUAAGCAGAGU